CCUGCGGCUCCCGAGCCAUUUGUGGCUCUUUCACCUCUGUGCUGCGGCUCCCUGUGGCUUUGGGAAAUAAUUGGCCAGUAUUUAAUUAAAAUGUAUUUUAUGUUAAUUUGUUAGCUUUUGAAAUGUAAUUCUAAAUUUGAAGAUUAUGGUGAUCUUGUACAAUCUAAGUGUGGCGACACAUUUCCUGGCACAUCCGAAACGGCUCACAAUUAGCCAGCAUUCCGGCUAAGGGAGAUAGCCUACGGGGGUUUGUGAGUACGCGUCUUUUGCAGCAUCUGCGUCCAUGGGGGCUGGGUUGAGGGAGGCUUAAAAGCAAGGCUGUUUAGUUCGAAUAAAGUUAUUCGACUGCAGUUUACUGACUGCGUGAGCAUACCGCUACAACGUGUUUUUAUCGCUAUUAAUAUACGUCACCACUGCCAAUACCUGACACCCGCCAGUGCGCGAUUUCUUUAAUUUUUCGAUCCAAGGUAAGCCAACUAUGGAGAAUUCUAAAAAAAGAAAAGUGACUGAAGAAAACAGAACGUUUAAUGAUACGUGGACAGAUUCAUUUGCUUUCACUGUUGACGAGACUGGUUUACCGGUAUGCUUAAUAUGCAAUGAGAAACUAGCAAACAACAAAAAGUCAAAUGUCGCAAAGCAUUUCCAGAAUAAACACGCAGCCUUUGCUCAAAAAUAUCCGGAUGGAGAUGAGAGAAAAAAAGCCAUUUCGGAACUGAUGCGGAAGGUUGAUCUGAGCAAAAAUCAUUUCCAGAAAUGGAUGAAGUCUGGAAAAUCAACGACAUACGCCAGUUAUAUUGCCGCUCAGGAAAUAGUCAGGCACGGGAAGCAGUUUACAGAUGGUGAAUAUAUAAAAGAAUCUUUCAUUAAGAUUUCAGAACAUCUAUUCACGGACUUUAAAAACAAGAGUGAAAUUGUGCAGAAAAUCAGGGAUAUGCCCCUCUCUGCAAAGACUGUCAAAGACAGAACCAUAAAAAUGGCAGAAGACAUCACAAGACAGCAAAUUAAAGACAUCAAUUCAGCUGUGGCCUACUCGAUUGCCUGUGACGAGUCUAAAGACAAAGGUGAUAUUGAACAAAUAGCGUUGUUCUGCCGGUAUGUAAACUCUGCCGGGCCACAGGAAGAACUGAUUGAGUUGAUACCUCUAAAAGACCAAACACGGGGGGAGGACAUCUGUGAGGCUGUCUUGAAUUGUUUAAGAGCCAAAGGAAUAAAGACCACCCAUCUGGUGUCAGUAGCUACUGAUGGGGCACCGAAUAUGACGGGAACGCACAAGGGAUUUGUGGCUUUACUGCAGAAGUCGCUGGACAGAAAGCUGCUGACUUUUCACUGCAUCUUGCACCAAGAGGCACUGUGCGCUCAAACAUUUCCUCCGGAAUGCACAGAAGUAAUGGAUGUUGUCAUUCAGAUUGUCAAUAAAAUAAUGGCAAAAAGUUUAAAUCACCGUCAAUUCCGUUUGUUACUGGACGAGCUGGAAAGCGCAUAUUCUGAUCUCCUGCUGCACAACAAAGUCCGGUGGCUGUCCAAAGGGGAGGUGCUGAAACGCUUUGUCGCGUGUCUGGAAGAAGUGAAAACUUUCCUGGGCAGCAAAGGGCUCACCUUUCCUGAGCUGGAACAGCCAGAGUGGCUGGAAAAGCUACACUUCAUGGUAGACAUGACAGCGCACCUGAACACGCUGAACACAGCUCUUCAGGGGAAAGGACGUACAGCCCUACACAUGUUGGAGGAUGUUUUGGCAUUCGAGCGCAAGUUGACAGUGCUUGCCAGAGAUUUACAGAAAGGCACUUUGUCUCACUUCCCCAAUUUGAGAGAGUUCAAACAAGGUCACGACAUGAUAAUUUCGGAGUAUUUACAUUCUGCAAUCAUCGCAAUGCAAACAUCGUUUGGGAAACGCUUCUGUGAGUUCAGAGAGGAAAAAAACACAUUAUCCUUCCCGGUCACUCCCUUAAGCAUCGAUCCUUCCCUACUGAAUACGACUGCAUUGGCAGGUGUGAGUCAACCUGAUCUUGAGAUGGAACUGGCCGACAUAGCCGACAAAGACAUAUGGGUGUCCAAGUUUAGACGCUUGACAGCAGACCUUGAAGAUGUUGCCCGUCAGAAGGCCGUUCUUGCUCAGAAUCACAAAUGGAGUGAUAUUGAAAACCUUCCAAAACCGGACAAACUUGUGUUCGAAACAUGGAAUGCUAUGCCCGACAUUUAUGUAAACAUGAAAAAGUAUGCGCUUGGAGUCCUGUCGAUCUUUGGAUCCACAUAUGUAUGUGAGCAGGUGUUCUCCAACAUGAACUUUAUUAAAAACAAACAUCGCGCACGCCUCACAGAUGACAGCUUGCGAUCCUGUGUAAAGAUGAAGGUGACAUCAUACAGCCCUGAUGUGCAGACGCUGUGCGCUGAGGUCCAGGACCAGAAAUCCCAUUAACCAAGCUGACAGCUGGCUGAUGUUAUUUUUGGUUUGCUGCUGGCGGAAAAUUUAAGUUCGGCGUUUUUCAUAAAUACAAGAAGGACUCAAAUAGACAUUGAGUAUUUUACUUAAAAGUAACUUUCAACCCAACGUCUUUUUUUCGGAGUUCAAAAUGUUUUUGUUGCAUGCAGAAAUGUAAUUUCGUUUUCUCUGCAGGAGUUCAUCAAUUUCAUA